GCUAAUGUAGGCCAACGCAGGCUGAUGCAGGCUAAGGUAGGCCUCAUAAUUUACGUUGGCAUUAUGCACAGGCCAAUGUAGGCUGAUGCUGACGGCAAAAACACGCAAGAACAAUGAAACUACGAUCAUACUCGGACUAUGACUGUCGGGGGAGAUGCACCAAUAGAUGGAGCCAUCCAAGCAUGCCCCAGUUAACGAGGAUGCUCUUAUCACCUCGGCCAGUGGUUCUGCAAGGUUGCGGCUUGGGGCGACAGAUGUGCUAGCGACCGUCAAGGUGGAGUUGGGAUCCCCAUCGCAAAGCAAGCCUAACCAAGGGCGGAUUGAAGUUGCGGUGGAGUUGUCGGCCACUGCAGAUCCAGAGUUCGAGGGAUGGAGGGGUGAAGAAUAUGGCUCAGAGUUAAGCAAGGCAUUAGAAAGGUAUCUUCAAGGGGGAGCAUCUGGAGCAGGUGCUGCAAUCGAUUUGACAACGCUUUGUAUCGUGGAAGGCAGGACAUGCUGGGUUCUUUACGUCGAUAUCCUUGUGCUCAAUACUGAUGGAAACCUACUGGAUGCAUCUGCCAUAGCCAUUAAGGAUUAGUAAACAGAAGCAGCAAAUGACGCGGCACAUGAGAAUGAAAGGGAAUACAAAGA